AUGUCUAAAGAAGCUGAGAUGUCGAUCGCUGUAUCGGCUUUGUUCCCUGGAUUCAGAUUCUCUCCGACUGAUGUCGAACUCAUUUCGUUUUACCUCCGCCGUAAAAUUGAUGGCGACGAACACUCCGUUGCCGUGAUCGCCGAAGUCGAGAUUUACAAGUUCGAACCGUGGGACUUGCCAGGAGAAUCGAAACUGAAAUCGGAGAACGAGUGGUUCUACUUCUGCGCAAGGGGAAGAAAAUAUCCACACGGGUCACAGAGCCGGAGAGCUACGCAUCUCGGUUAUUGGAAAGCAACCGGUAAAGAGAGAAGCGUGAAAUCGGGGAACCAAAUCGUUGGAACCAAGAGAACACUUGUUUUUCACAUCGGUCGUGCUCCUCGAGGCGAGAGAACAGAGUGGAUUAUGCAUGAAUAUUGUAUCCAUGGCGCACGACAGGACGCGUUAGUGGUGUGCCGGUUAAGGAAAAAUGCUGAUUUUCGAGCUAGUUCGAGCCAAAGGCAAUUGGAGGAUGGUCUUGUGCAAGAUGAUGGCGACUACGUUGGUCAAACCGGUGGUUCGGAGAGGGAUAAGAAAUCUUAUUCGGUUUAUGAAUCUGAGCAUCAAAUAUCCAAUGGUGAUAUUCCAGAAUCAUCAAAUGUUCUUGAGGAUCAAGUCGACACCGAUGACGACUGUUACGCCGAGAUUCUAAACGACGAUAUAAUAAAGCUCGACGAGGAGGCAUUGAAAGCUAGCCAAGCAUUCCGACCAAACAAUCCAACUCAACAAGAAACAAUACCGAGCGAGGCAUCAUCGAGUAGGAGGUCGGAAUGUGGUGUGAAGAAAGAAUCGAAUCAAACAAUGAAUUGUUACGCUUUGUUCAGGAUCAAGAACGUUGACCCCGGCGGCGGCGGCGACACGGCCUCCUCCUCCGACUGGAGAAUCCCGAAUCCAUUCCACAUCAAGAAAGAUGAUGAUAGGCAGAGAUUGAUGAAGAAUGUUAUGGCAACGACUGCUUUCUUGGCUAUUUUAAUUUCUGUCUUUUUUACUGUCUUAACAACUAGGGACUAUUAA